CUACGAAAUUCAGUCUCUUACGACCACAGCUAGUGAAGAUUACUUGUAGCAGGAAGACAUUCGCUAACAACUAUUGGCUUUGUUCGCUGCUAACAACAACAAACAGUGAAUUAUUCCAACAAAACAACAAACAUUUAUUAACGUGCGUGCUAUUUUAAUUUCUCAUCAACAAAGUCCAAAGUUCAAUUCAAAAAAAUGGCUCAACCCGUUGUGCAAAUGACCGCCGAUCAACUGCAGUCCCUAAUCGAGUCAGUGCGUUUGGCUGCCGUAGCAGGCGCUAGCAGUGUUGCUCCAGCUACCGUCCAAACCAAGGGCAGCUUCACCAACUGCACCAGCCGAUUUGGUGGUCAGCGCGACCACGAAGCCGUUGAGGAGUUCAUCACCUCCAUUGUAACUUACAAAGAAAUCGAGUCAAUCAGCGAUGAAGAUGCACUUAAGGGGCUUUCCUUGCUGUUCUACGGUCUGGCGUCCACUUGGUGGCAAGGCGUGCGCAAAGAAGCGAAAACGUGGGCGGACGCCAUUGCUUUAAUACGCGAUCAUUUCUCGCCCACCAAGCCCGCCUACCAGAUUUACUUGGAGGUCUUUGAGAAGAAACAAGAAGACAGCGUUGCUAUUGACACAUUCAUCUGUCAGAAGCGUGCUCUACUCGCACAACUGCCAGAGGGACGUCACGACGAGGAAACCGAAUUGGAUUUGGUCUAUGGUCUGUUGAACAUCAAGUAUCGCAGGAAUAUACUGCGUCAGGACCUUAAGACCUUCCGCGAAUUGCUGGAGAAGGGGCGCAUCAUCGAACACAAUGACUUGGAAUCAGAAGCUGUGCAAACAGGUCCAGUACGUGGCUCAAAGCGUACCAAACGGUGCACCCAUUGCAACUUCCGUGGUCAUACAUUCGAAGAGUGUCGCAAGCGCCGAACCACUGCUGAUGAAUAAACACUAACUACACUACAUGCAUCCACCUUCUCAACCAGACAUUCCAAUCACUAAACCGAUGACGACAAAACGCACACAACACCGGCGAGAGGACGCUGACAGUCAUGACUCAACAAUGACGUCACAGUCCGAGCAGCUUACGUCGCUACCGCAUUACUGAAGCAGUACUUUCGCACCAACAGAAGCAGUGAUUGAACAUUGAACUUUGGUGAUGUCGGCGAAUCACGGCAACAGCAGCAACAUUACUACUUAGAGUUAGUAUAUACACUAGUAUAAGCAAAGAAAUAAUUAUUGUGAGUCUGAGUUAUUUUCCGCUGUCUACAAAUCUAUAAGAAGUUUUGCGUUUACGGGGCAAAGUCUUCUUUGCACUUUCGUAGUGCUUUGACGGCUUCACCUUGGAAACUUUAUUACUUCUAAUUGAGGAGCAGAUAGUGGAGACAACUUAGGUCCACCAUCACAGCGGAUACACGCUGUGUCGAGCACGGCUACAGAUGGCUGCGGACGCCAGCAAUGGAGUUCUUUCAUUGCCGAA